UCUCUCACAUCCAAAAGAUUUAAGGUUUGGAACAGGCGGUAAUGGCGUUCAUGAGAUGAAGACAGCAGAUUCCCUCAUCGAGCUGCCAAUACUGUUUUCAUCGUGAACUUGGCCUUCGCGCACACGGCCGUGUUGGCAACUUACUUACCUGCCUCCUUCACUAACAGCCGCUAAGGAUGCUACCUGUGCCCCAGUCUGUGUUGUUGGCUGUGAUCGCAGUCGCGCAAGCUGGUAUCAUCUCAGCGCUGGGCCAAGAGAGAGCCUACCUUCCCGGUAAUGGACCAUUGCAAGAUUACGCCGAAGUUGGCGAUCGCGUGGAAAGCCCGUUGUGCAACUCCAACCAUCCUCAACUAACCUACCGACGCGUGGCAAUGGUGCCCAUGCCGGCGAAGGCUGGCAGCUUAGCACCUGCGUACGUUGUGCAGCAUCAGCCUCCCGUCGCCGGCUAUCUGUACAGCUUCCAAGUCAUCAUGCCGGCAUUUGAUGGGGUCAUGGCUGCGUUCGCCUGCUCCAUAGGCGUAGCCCAACCACAGCGGCAAGACUUCUAUGUUAUCAUGCACAAAGAUCUCGCCCCAACAGUUUCCAUGGUUUCCGCCGCUCCAACGCCCACGACAUCGCCCACGUCAACCAGCAGCAAAAUGACUAUUGAUAACGAUGUGGCUACUUCAAUCAACCAGGUCCGUACCAGGUUUAGAGCUAACUACAGUACGGCUAGUUCCGGUGUGAAUCCGAACCCAACUAUCGGCUACAGCACAACUAGUUCCAGUUCCGGUGUGAAUACGAACCCAACUAUCGGCUUCAGUACAACUAGUUCCAGUUCCGGUGUGAAUACGAACCCAACUAUCGGCUAUAGUACAACUAGUUCCAGUUCCGGUGUGAAUCCGAACCCAACCAUCGGCUACAGCACAACUAGUUCCAGUUCCGGUGUGAAUCCGAACCCAACUACCGGCUAUAGUACAACUAGUUCCAGUUCCGGUGUGAAUACGAACCCAACUAUCGGCUUCAGUACAACUAGUUCCAGUUCCGGUGUGAAUACGAACCCAACUAUCGGCUAUAGUACAACUAGUUCCAGUUCCGGUGUGAAUACGAACCCAACUAUAGGCUUCAGUACAACUAGUUCCAGUUCCGGUGUGAAUACGAACCCAACUAUCGGCUACAGCACGACUAGUUCCAGUUCCGGUGUGAAUACGAACCCAACUAUCGGCUACAGUACAACUAGCUCCAGUUCCGGUGUGAAUCCGAACCCAACUAUCGGCUACAGUACAACUAGCUCCAGUUCCGGUGUGAAUACGAACCCAACUAUAGGCUUCAGUACAACUAGUUCCAGUUCCGGUGUGAAUACGAACCCAACUAUCGGCUACAGCACGACUAGUUCCAGUUCCGGUGUGAAUCCGAACCCAACUACCGGCUACAGCACAACUAGUUCCAGUUCCGGUGUGAAUCCGAACCCAACUACCGGCGUCAAUAUCGCCCCUGCAGAAAACUCAAAUAAUUGUGAGGAGAACCCAUACCUGUGCUCACACAACUCCUACUGUGCAAGGCGUGGAGCCACAUUCCUAUGCAUAUGCCGAUCUGGCUAUACUGGAACAGGGAUACGCUCCACCGGUGGUUGUCAUGCCGUAUCCGAGGACACGACCUUGGCCACAGGCUGCGUGGAUGAAGUGAACUGCAACCGGAGUGUGGCAGCCCGCCAAACGUCUUCAGCGUACGCGUAUGUCUGUAUCAUGACGGUGGUCUUCGGCAAAGCCCUGAUUCACACACUGCACUAAAGCGGUGGCUUACGCUAUCAGCUGCUCUUCUACAUCUGCUAUUCAUCUUGGACACCCCGUAAGAAGACCUUAGGGUCUGUUGCGAAUGCCCAAGUAAAAUAAUACAAUACAAUACAAACAAAUCUGCAAGCUACAUGUAUAGCCUAGGCCCACAAAAGGCUACAAUGAUCAUGAUGAUAUCCAAGCCUCCAAGGACAUGAUCACAUACUUGUACAAUGAACCACACUCAGUCCAGUCUCCUGCACUCCGCUCCCAUUUCUCUUCAGACUUUUCCAUUUCAACUCCGUCAACUUGAAGCCUAUGGAUAUUCAGUUUCAUUUAUAUUCAUUCAUACUGCACAUUUCUUUAUCCACAUACCAAACAUGCAUGCAACAGAAAAACUACAAAAUUCUGUCAAAUGUUCUGCGGGCAUUAGCCGGUAAGGGCUAGUAUGGCUGAGGCAAUCUCAGUGCGUUUCAAGCAGAAUCUGCCAAUUUCUCGACCAUCACUACAUGUAGAUCUACAUUGUAGGCUAGUCCCCGUCAAGGGCUUCUAGUACUAGCUACCCAUAGCUAUGCUGCUACCCCUAAAUACAUGUACAAUGUAAUAAUUAUUAUCACUCCCUUAGUAUUGACUCCCAUCAUGAGAUUUUUGCUAUACCUAAGCCGUCAAAUAUUCCUACUGAAGUACAAAUUUCACUCCUUAGGGCUAUAUUGACUGCUUUUAUUUGACUCCUUUUUUUAUGGAUUGAAUACCUUCUUUGGUUUGCCGGUUGUGAUACAUCUAGUGUUGACUUCAUACUACGUACUAGGAAUGUGAUGCAACAAAAUUAAUGGUGUUUUCUACGAACGAAUAUUCCCUCGAAUGUUGCUUUGGCGAACGGACGAAUAUUCUGCAUUCUUCUGAAAUGGCUCAAUCACUUCACUCAAUCAAACCUAA